AAUUACUCGGAUAUUGUUAGUUAUAUAGUUUACAACAUGGCGGUAACACGGAGGGAAUAUAUUUUCUCUUCGUUUUUAAUUGGAGUUGUCUCUGUGCUUUUGAUUGUGGUUGCAGUGUCAAGUGAUAGUUGGAUAGUAUCGAGCGCGAGUGCGCAAGGGCAGAUCCGCGACAACUACAUUAACUAUGGACUCUUCCGGGGCGAAUUGGAGAUCAAUAUCCUGAGCACUCCUGUCAUUAAUACCUUGUAUAUGACAUGUGUGGUAGACGAAAAUGCCUGCGCUGUAAGCUGUAAAACGACGCCUGAGGCGAGAGAAAAUGAGGUUCGAGCCUUAGCUCAAGGCUACCGUCCAGUUUUAGGAUGUAAUUCGGACUCAACCAUCCUUCCUGGAGAUUUAUUGGACCCACCACCAGUAAUAUCGUUCGCGUUCUACGCGUCCACCUUGGCCGUAAUAUUCCUUCACCUGGCCUUCGCCGUGAUAUCCUCAGGGUUGGCCAUCGUCAAUGCUACGAGGAAUCCCACUGAACCUAUAUGGGGUCUACCUGGAUGUCUAUGGUCUAACGCGAUCACAGCAGUCCUAGGAUUUACCGUUCUUCUCAUGUUCGGCGUGUACUGGGCGACCUCAGGGCUAAAAGACCAUCUCGCCUUCUCUGACACUGCGCAAAUAUCUUACACUCUCAGCCAGGGCCUAGGAUACUCUUACUGGUUGCUAAUAGCUGCGGUGAUAUUUUCACUAUGCAACGUGGGUCUCAUUGAACUGAGGAAGUACUUGCUAGAACGAGAUCCUCCGCCCCCUACCAUCAAAGUGGAGAACCAUUCUGACGGCACCAUUUUCUUAUAUUAGAUUCAUCAUCAUCACAUGAACGCCCCCACUACUGAGGCACGGGCCUUCCCUAUGGAUGGAUAGGGAGAUCGGGCCUUAAACCACCACGCGGGCCCAGUGCGGAUUGGUGGUUAUUAACGACUGCUAAUUCAGUCGGGACCAACGGCUUAACGUGCCUUCCGAAGCACGGAGCUCGAGAUGAAAACUUUUUUUUUGUGGUCACCCAUCCUAUGACCGGCCUUUGCAAAAGUUGCUUAACUUUAACAAUCGCAGACCGAGCGCGUUAACCGUUGCGCCACCGAGCUCCUCAAGCUCCUCCUCCAUUAGAUUAGAUUAUUUAGUUAAAAAAAAUAGGCGUCAUUAAAUUCACGGAAUGUAGAAGAAUUAGCUGCUCCCAGAUCGGCUUCUAUAUUCGCAAAACCAUGUAGGUACCUUCAAAUUCAAAUUCAAAAAUAUCUUUAUUCAGUAGGUAACAUACGUAGUUACACUUUGAAUCGUCAAUUUUUACAUAACAAAUUCAAAUUCAAAACAAUUUAUUUCGGAUAAUACGUACAUCCAUAAUUUGUUAGUAACAAUGCACUUACUUACUAGGUUAGUUAACAAUCAAAUUAAAUAUUAAAGUGUUAGUGACAAUGAAACUUAAUUCUAUGUUAGUAGUACAACACCUAUAUAUAACACCCUAUCAUUAUUUAUCAUAGGCACCAGAAUCAGGCACGAACGUGUCAUCCGCCUAAAACUACUGCAGCUUCUCAUAAGCUGUAUAGCCGGGCAAAAAAAAGCUG